AUGUCAUCGUUUUAUAAUAAAAAAUUGGCAAUUAGUUCUUCCCAAGAUAAGCCCAUUCCCGUGAAUGUUGAGUCAAACAACGAAAGGAGUAUCAUAAAACGAAAGUUGUUUAAGUCUUUUCGGACUAACAGAAAUGAAUUUUGCCCUGAUUGCAAGGAAAAAGGAAUAGUUAUAUGUGACACAAGUGAAGGUACGCAGAUAUGCAAUGCUUGUGGACUAGUAGUAGAAAGUCAUAUUUUAUCAGAGGAGCAAGAAUGGCGCAACUUUAGCAAUGAUGGACAACCUAAAAGUAUUGAUAGAAAUAGAGUAGGUGAGAUAAGUGAUAUAUGGUUAGAGAAUAAUAUAACAAGUACUACUUUUAUUAAGUCUAGCAAAAAACUACAACAUUUGAAUAUGAUGACGCAAAUUAAUAAAAAUGAUCAAACAUUACUAUCAGCUUUUAACAUUUUAAAAUUAAUAUGUGAAACAUUUUAUCUAAGGAGCAAUGUUAUUGAGCGGGCUAAAGAAAUAACAAAGGAAUUGCAGGAAAUGGAGCAGCUGAAAAACCGCAUAAACAAUUUGAACAUGCUAGCUGUGGUGUACUUAGCAUGUAGAGAAGCAGGGCAUAUAAAAAGUAUUAAAGAGUUGAUAACAUUUGAUAGGUCCUAUAAAGAGAAGGAUUUGGGAAAAACUAUAAAUAAAUUAAAAAAGGUGUUACCUACAAGAGCAUUUGUAUACAAUGAAAAUAUUUCACAUCUUAUAUAUUCCUUGUCUAAUAGAUUACAAUUAUCAGUAGAACUUAUAGAAGCAAUUGAGUAUGUCGUUAAAAAGGCUACCACGUUAAUAACUACAUCUCAUAGGUUGAAUUCAUUAUGUGGAGGAUCCAUUCAUUUAAUUGUUGAAUUAAAUACAACUGAAGAGAACAAUGUGAAAUUACCAAAUUUAUCGCAAAUAGCAUCUGUGUGUGGUGUAACUACAAACACUUUGAAGACCACGUUUAAGGAGUUAUUAAAUGCAGCUACUUACAUACUCCCUAAGUGCUAUUUGAAGGAUAAUAGUGUUAAGUUAUCCCUACUAAAGCAUAAAUACCUAAGCGACGAAAAGAAGAAGAAACUUAAAUAA